AUGCCGAAAGUUGGAACCAACCUCCUCCAGUUCCCACUUUACACUUCGGGAUGCCUCACGAACAGGGGCUCGCCGACCGCCGCUGACGAUGGUGCUGCAACAACAUUGUCUUUCACGCAGGGCUUCCUUCUCGGGCAGCUCUCCGUCGUCCUUCUCAUCGGUGCCUUCAUCAAAUUCUUCAUCUUCGGCGAGGCCCCGCCGCCCCCGUCGCGCGGGCUAUCCAACCGCACAACCCACCGCCGCUACAGCUCCGUCUACAGCCCCCCGCAAGAUAACCAGAAGACCCUCCGCGAGAAGCCGUCCACGUCCAAUGUCCUUCGCCCAGUACCAGCUACCUCUACAAAUACACGCUCGAUCCUACGCAAAACCUACUACAGCGCUAUCCCUACCAACCCAUCCAAACAUGGCCGGCACCGCAUGCACCACUCUUCCCACCAGCCUGAAUCGCUGGACUGGUUCAAUGUCUUGAUUGCACAGACGAUUGCACAAUAUCGACAAACGGCAUAUUUGCUGAAGGAUUCGCCGACAUCCUCGAUUCUGAGCUCCCUUACCGCGGCGAUGAACAAUCCCGAGAAGAAGCCGUCCUUUAUAGAGAAAAUCAACGUCACGGAUAUAUCGCUUGGAGAGGAGUUUCCGAUUUUCAGCAAUUGCCGAAUUAUUACAGUCGACGACCCCAAUUCAGAUGGGGGGAGGCUGCAGGCGUUGCUGGACGUUGACCUCAGCGACGACAACCUCUCCAUCGCCGUGGAAACGCAGUUGGUCUUGAAUUAUCCUAAACCACGCUCGGCCAUCCUUCCCGUUGCAUUGUCGGUUUCUGUUGUCCGAUUCUCGGGAACCUUAUGUAUCUCGUUGAUCCCAGCAACAACUGAACCGCUCCACACGCCCGCGACAUCACCCACGCCCCCUGCAGCCGAGGCCGCCGCGAGACCCAGCAACGUCCCUGGCUCUCCAGAUUCCGGUGCUGCGCAGGACGACACCCAACCUAAGAGCAGCCCGAGAAGCAAUGUCGCAUUCUCUUUUCUCCCCGAUUAUCGACUCGAUCUCUCUGUGCGUUCGCUUAUCGGUUCUCGCAGCAGGCUGCAGGAUGUACCUAAGGUUGCGCAACUUGUCGAAGCCAGAGUACAUGCCUGGUUCGAGGAACGUGUCGUAGAGCCCCGAGUCCAGGUCGUUGGGCUUCCAGAUCUGUGGCCCCGCAUGGGUCGGACGGGUGUGCGAACAGGCGAAGAAUCUGACGCGGGAUCUACUGCCCCACCACGGAGUGCCGGCUCAACAGAAGCUGGAGGACCGCUUCGGUUCUCUGAUGAUCUCACCCGCGAAUCAGAGGGACUGCGCUUCCGUGGAGGAUUGGACGCACGGUUAGGUCUCGGCGCAGGCUCGCGCAGCAGCAGUUUCAACGUGGACAUGCGCGGUUUGCGAAGUUCGAGUAUGACCCGGCAAGACAGCGGUGACGCCGUAAGCGACCAGUUCGAAAUGCCUGGAUCCAUGCCGGGUGGGGUAUCUGCGCCUCGAGACUGA